GCACAAAGAUUCACUGUCCAAGUGAAGAUUGGGGCCCGCUCCUUUCUCCCUAUGAGCUCCUCGAGCAAAAGGGAGGCCAGGGAGGCCGCUGACCAAGCAGCCUUGGCUGUCCUGAUUGACGAAGAGGAAAAAGAGAGAGCGUCGACCUCUCGCCAUCCAGAAGCAGCUCCACCCCCAGCACCAACUUGUCACCGCCACCACAUACCACCAGCUCCACCCCCAGCACCAGCUUGCCACCGCCACCACUGCCGCCAUGUACCACCAGCAGCAUCCCCAGCACCAACUAGAGACCGCCACCACUGCCACCACGUACCACCAGCUCCACCCCCAGCACAAACUUAG